CCUGGGAACUUUGAUGUGCUGUGGGUGCGGCCGAAAAAGACAAACAGACAAGACUGGUGGAGCGGCUCACAGAGACGUCUUCGGGGAACAGUGACACACGGGUCUCGCCUGGCUGGCCCACGGUCACCUGAGAACUUCCUAGAGCCUUCAUCUAUGCCCUAGGAGAAGAUCUGCCCCUGCCACCUCCCUGCCCCCGCCCUGUCCCCGUGCCCUCCCCUGGGGUUCAGCUCCUGCUGUCCUGUUCCGUCUGCACACCUGCCUCCAGGCUCCUCCAAGAAUCCAGGACUCGUCCCCCCAAACCCUUCUUGUUCCCAUAUCCCCUCCUGGGGACCCUCCUGGGCUCCUGGUGGCCUACAGACCCCAUCACCCCACCUGUGACCUUGUGACACCCUAUGCUCUGCGUGUCCCCCUCACUCCUGUGUCCUGGUACGUAGCAGGUGCCCGGUGCUGCCGGCCGUCCGGAGGCCCAAAGCCUCAGCCACAGUGCGGUGCCUGUCCCAUCCGCCCGUCCCACAGGUGCUUCCCCAGCACCGCCCCGCACUGCCCGGCCAGGGGUCUCUGUGACGAACGGGGGGGCUGGGCCUAGCCCCCAAGAGAGGGAGCUCGGGGACCCCAGAGCCAGAGAGUUCUGGGGCUUCGGGGAGGGGCCCCGGGCAGCAGGGUGUCUGCCCCGACCAGGACCAGCAUGGGUCUUGGCACCCCCUUCUCCUUUCCUCAAACAGCAGAGCAGGGCCUGGGGGCUGGGGGUGGGGCUGAAGAGGCAGCAGGUCUGUGGAGAACCCCCCCACCCAAGAAGAAAGGAGGCAUCGGGCCGAGGCCCCCAGCCUCUCCCCAGGGGGACCUCCCUGGGUUGUGGCCAGUGGGGCGGAGAUGCAGGACCCAGCCCCUCAGGCCACACCGGUCAGCACUGACCUCCAGCGGGGACACCCGGGGGCAGGGGCACGGGCUCCCCUGGGGCGUCUGACUGUCCUGGCCUGGGCCUGGGGGUCCAGGGGUUCGGCAGCCCUUGGGGCGCUGGUGGGGGAGGCAGUGAGUGGGGCCCGGGAGACAGGCGGGUCGCGGCUGGCCUCCUGGUCCCUGGCCUGGCCUGAAGCUGGGCGCGUGGGUGGCCGCCCGCGUCUGUCUCCGGGCUGGCGCACUGGCGGCUGGUUUACGAGCCGAGGGCUGGCUUUAAAAGGAAGGGUCACUGCCGAGAAGGCAGCUCUGGACGGCUGCUGGUUGGGACUGAGCAGGGAGGGGGGCCGGGCCCCAGAAUCAGGGUGUGUGGGCAGGGGACAGAGGGCGGAGGCUGGGACAAAGGCCUCAAGCCCGCCCGCCCAGCUUGCUCAGUGCAGGACAGGCCGGAGGUGCUGCGGUUUCUGGGCCGAGGCAGGGCCUGGGGCAGGGCUGGGGGCGGUGGGGAAGAGGCCUGUUGCCAUGAAUGGGCACAGGGCACGGGCGGCUUUUUUCACUUGUAGAGAGUUGAGUUUAAAUCUCGUGAUUUUCGUUGGAAACUGGAGCCGGACCCACUUCUGUGUUCAGGAAUCUCUAGCUCACCCAGGUGCCCCCACCACCCGUGACAGCCUCCACACCCCACCUGCCCCCUGGCGCUUUGGGGUGCCCCCUGCCUCAUGGGCUGUGUGACCUGCCCGUGGCUUCUUGAACUCUCUGGACCUCACAGUCACCCGAAAGGGGGCAGGAGCAGACUCCAGGGAGUGUAGGGUCGCGGUCCCACUGCCUUCUGCUACUGACCGGCUCUCAGACCUUCCCGUGACCAGCUGUGGCUGCCCCCACCCCUGCUUCUGGUCCCCCCAGGUCUCCCCUCCAUGCCUUGUUGGUCCCAGGCUUCAGGGACCCGGGACCCUCUGCCACUAGUCCAGCUCCAGCCCUCAGGUGCCCGCUGGCCUGCCCUCUCUGCCCGCAGCCUCUCCUGGCAGCCGGGCCCUGCAGCUGGCCCCAGGCUGGACCUUCCUCCCCCUGCCUCCUGUCCGGCCCCUCCCUGCUUGGCUGUGGUGUGGGCAGCUCAAGGGCCACAGUGCAGGGCUCGGGGGUGGCCUCGUUUGAAGGGGGAGGCUGCUUUUGGCUGGAGAGGCUUCUCAGCUCCCUUCAGUGGAAAAACUGAAAGUUGGCAGGUAUUUUCGCUUUUUUCUUCUUAUUACAAGAGCAAAACAUUUUACAACAGAAAGAUCAGAAAAUACACAAAGAACCCUUAGAAAUCAGCACUAAAACUAAAAGACAGUGUCGUCUAAAAGCGAGCAAAGGAUCUGACUAGACCUCUGCUCGAGGAAGACGCGAGAAUGGCCAGUGCGAUGCGGAAAGUUGCUCAGCCCAUCAGUCGUCAGGGGAGACUCACUCCCUCGAACCGCAGCGGGGUCCCACCUCGCGCCCCGGGCGGCGGGAGCCAAGCCGUGGGUGUGAAGAGCAUCCGCACCAGCCUCUCGGAGGGUUCGGCUGGCGAGUCGCGGCAGGACCCGGCAGUUGGCUCCUCGGGACUAACCCGGGAGAAGGGAAGGCCUGCGCUCCGGCGUUCGGAGCCGCGCAGCCGUCGCAGCCGACCCGGCCCACGACCCGGAUGUGCGAAUCCCGAUGGGGGUCCCGCCGCGCGUGGUCCAUCCACUCGGAGGAAUGUCAUUCAGCCAGAGGAGGGAACGAGGUGCCGCCGGGCGCCACGCGGGGCAGGGGGAGCCCUGGAAGUGUUUUGCCAGGAGAAAGCGCAGACACAGAGUGGCCCUUCCUGUGUGGCUGAGCCCUCCGGUGCUGUGUCCAGAGCAGGCAUCACGUGGGGGAAGGUGGUGUCCCUGUACUCAGUGGCUGCGGGGCUGGCAGUGGACUGCGUGCGGCAGGCCCAGCCCGCCAUGGUCCAUGCCCUUGUCGACUGCCUCGGGGAGUUUGUGCGCAAGACCCUGGCGACCUGGCUGCGGAGGCGCGGCGGAUGGACGGACCUUCUCAAGUGCGUGGUCAGUGCCGACCCCGGCCGCCGCUCCCACUGGCUCGUGGCCGCGUUCUGCAGCUUCGGCCGCUUCCUGAAGGCUGCCUUCUUCCUGCUGCUGCCAGAGAGAUGAGCCGCGGGCCCCAAACCAGCAGCUGCCCCUCGGAGCCCCGGGUCCAAGCUGGACGCCCUGCCCC